AUGAAUGCCUCGUCGCCUGCUCCCAGCAGGAACCCCCUCACUACCUACUUACGUCUCCUCCGUCAGCACAAGCUGUCUCUCCCCCAAGGCCAACUCGUGUGUGUUUCGGCUUCUCCCAAUAUCAGUACCGUCGCCGCCCUUCUGAGGCUGGCCUGUGCCGUUGGCCCCUAUAUCGCUGUUCUUCAGGUCCACGCCGACAUUAUAGACGAUUGGUCCGCCGAUGCCGUUCGAAAGCUGACGUCUGUUGCGAAAAAAUUCGGCUUUCUGAUCUGGGAAGGCGGCCGAAUUCUAAACUCAAAACGUCGACCAUUCAGCCAGGCCACGUUAUCAAGCCAUGAAGUGGCGAGAGACAUCGCUAUGGCCCGGAAACGCUACACUGGGGGAAUUGGCGUAGCUACCUGGGCUGGGCUGGUCAGUACAUGGGUAAUUGGGUCUGAGGAGGAGGGGAAGGGAAGCAGCCAGUUCAUACCUACUCUUCGACGCGCCGCGCGCGAGACCAUGUCGCGUAUGGCUAUGUCUGUCCGUACAGAAAUCAGUGGAGGCCAGUCACCCGUCGAGUUUGAAACAAAUGGCGAUGGUAGUCUUCCUGCAUACGUGGAUCACAAUGAACUCAAUUCAUUUGGAGAAAUGGAAACAAUCCAGCCACUUCGAAAAUCUUCAGUGAUUUCUCUUACACGGACAAUUACACAGCAUGAAGAGCCAUCUCAACCGGCGCCUUCAGAGCCAGAAUAUGACUCUGACUAUGACACGCUGAAUGAUCAAGUGGCGCCUUCACCCAACCUCCCUUCGCCUCCUCUUCUGUCGCGAGGAGUUGUUCUCUGCCUGCCUAAUGCCGAGAUGGAAACCACACGACAACAUAGAGACAUCGCAAUCGCCUCCGCUAAAGCGAAUGAUGACUUUGUCCUAGGCUUUGUAACCGAAGAUUCUUGGAUACAUACUCGAGAGAAUCAGGCUCUUGCAGAUGCUUUGCAGGUAUCAGCCCCUGAUGAACAAGGAAACGAAGUAGACGAAAGUAACCACUAUGAACAAAGUUCCGACGACCUGGAGACUUACGUCGUAUUCAGCCCAUUGGAAAACGAGCACGUCAGCCAUACUAUCAAUAUAACAGAUUCACAUAGGGUCGCCGAAAACCCCUUAUCGCCAACAUUUCCUGUAUCCCCUCGCCAACAUUCGUCUUUUGACAUAAAAGCUCAACAGAUUUCUGCCUUGCAUCAUCUCAUAGGCCGUGCUUUAUCAAUCACAUCUAAUCCUGCACUAUUCAGCACCUCUGUCCCGCUAAAUAGCCCGGCAUCAACUUCAAAAUGCGGAAACACAGAUAUAUUAUAUAUACCUGUUGUUACCAUGAACGUCUAA